AUGCCAUACUUGCCAUACUUGCCAUACUUGCCCUACUUGCCUUUCGUCGAAGUCCCAGCCGCAUUCUGCCCCACAGACUUUGUCGGCGCCCAACUGUUUGCCACAAACUCGUUGGACACUCAGCAUUUCGACGCUUUCGACAAUCGCUCUCAGUCGAGCGACUUCAUGAGCGGCCCACCAACAUUCGGCAUCCCUCUCAAACUCGAUGAGGACGAAUUCUUCCAGGGUCCGUCCGGGUCAAACUUCCUCACAGACUUGGACCCCGGCAUGCACUUCGAUACAACCAUGCCACAGGGUAUGGGAACCAGCGCUCGGACAGUCACAGACUCCUCAGCUGUCAGGAAGGAACAGACACACCUCUCUGACAAAGAAUUACUGUUCGUGGCCGAUGAAGCGAGCAAGCCGGCAGCUGUUGGCAAGCGGCGUGUCAGAAAGGCAGAAAAGCCUCGCAUCCAGUUUGUGUCCCCGCAAAUUGCGGGAUCAAAAAGGCGCACAGAAGGCGGUGAUCGCUCGGACAGGAGAUCAUCCCUCAAGCGUGCAAGGCGGUCAGUACAAGGCGGAGGGCCAUCUUCCUUGAAGGCGACAUCGAGCACCUCCACUGACCGUGAGGACGAUACCCUCCGGCUAAACACAUUAAAAUCAAGGAUGGCGGACUCGAAGGACAGUGUCCCCAGAGACCGAUCACUUCUCGACAAUGUUCAAGUGUCAGCCCAAGGGCAUCCACCUUCUCAGCUGACGGCCCUGGAACAGGAUAUGUGGGGACCCAGGCAGGCGCCGUUCAUGUCGACAAAGUUCAACUGCUUCGACUGCAAAGAAGGCUUCUACCAGAAGCCAGAGUGGAAGCAGCACUUUCGCACGGACAAGCAUGCCAGACAAGUGGCCCAGAUCAAAGGCAUCAAAGGGAAGGUCAAGGGCCCCAAGCCUUUCAAGUGCCAGGAGCAAGAUUGCACGUCGGCGUUCGGCCGAAAUGACGAGUUGAUAAGGCACAGACGAUCUGUGCACAAGAUCGUUAUUGAGCUGCCACGGAAGAAGGCGAAGGAGACAAGGGCAAAGGGGGAACGGGGGGAGGCGAAGACGAAGACAGAGGUGAAGGUGGAAGAGACGAAGGCAAAGGCAAAGGCCAUAGGGAGAAAGGGAAAGGCGACGGGAACCAAAUCGGAGUUGCUCGUGUUCUUGUGGCGAAGGGGCAAGGGAGACCUGAGGUGGGUCGAGGACAUACUGCCUGGCACCUUCGAGGUCGAGAAGGUCUUCAUCCACUCGCUUGCGACGGACCCGCACGGGUUCCGCAUCCUCCCAAACUUGAAAUUGAAACCUCCUGACCAUCUCCGCGCUCUAUCUCGUGGCAAUCAUGCUCGGACGCCUGAGCUCCUGUAUGUCUUGCGCGGGCAGGCGCUGAAUAUCAUACGGGUGUGGGCCCCAGAUCAUUUCCACAUGCACAUCGUCAACGCGAACAACGUGGGCCCUGGGGGAAUGUCUAUGGACCAAGCCCACUUGCUUGACGAGAUCCGUAGUAAGUCAGUAGUUGAGCUCGACCCAGAGUCGGUGCCCUCGGCAUUCGAGCGCAUGGCGGUCACGUAUGAGCUGGGCGACCAGCACAGGCUUUUCGAGCGGGUGGGGAUCGCGCAGGGCGGUGGUCCCUACCCAGGAGAAGCCGCUCAGUGGAGGCGCGGGUACGCUUGUCAGGAAUUUCGAAUAUCUGGGUGCACAAACGAGCUUGAGCUGACAUCUCACCGAAAAAUUGAGUGCUUCGCCCUUCCUUGUGGUGGUCGAGGCCGUGGAUAG